AGCCGAUUGGGGAGGAAUUACUUUACGUCAUUAGGAUAGCAAACUCAAGGCUCAAUGGUAAGAAUCUCAACGAAAGCCAGAAGGAACAAAAUGAAUCCUUUCGAAAAGAAAUCCAAGAAACGGACGAAUGCAGUCGCAAAGUUCCGAAAUAAGAGACCCCUUGAUGGAGGCAAAAAGAAACGAUUUCAGCUGCUGAACUCAAGUGAUACAGAAUUUGAUAUCACAUAUGACAAUGAUGCGUUAGGCCAGUUAAGUAAUAAGGAGGCAGUUGAUCAAACCACUGGUUCUGAGUUCGCACAAGAUACGCUCUACAGAACCAAAAAGGAAGUAAUGGCAGAAGUUAUCUCCAAAAGUAAACAAUUUAAGGCUGAGAAAAAGCAAGAAAAAUAUAUUGUUGAAACUCUUAUUGAAGAUAUCGACGCAGAAUUUAUGCAAGUACUACCAACCCUUCCUAAAAAGAACUUGUUCAAAGAGCCCAUAAGGACCUUGUCUUUGAAAGAUUCUCAAGUAGAUGGGAAUAAGAAUCCGUUUGAAAGGACGAGAGAACUUCAUACGGUAGGAAGUACAAGAGAGGAUUCAAUUUCAGAAUUGAAUGAUACAGAUCUUACUGGAAAUCUAUCCUUGUUGAAGAAGAGGAAAGAACGCACUGGGAAUUAUGAAAAUGUGAAGGUUACUGCAGGAAUGUCUUAUUCGACAGCUUCGGGACAAACUAUGAAUAACACCGAUUCUUCUGCUGAACAAGACACUAAUGAAACCAAAGAUAGAGGCUUUCCGAAGGCAUAUGUUCCAGAGAUUUUUGAAGAGUUUCUGAAUCGAUUAUUACCAAAUGAUAUUCUUCAAGAACAAUAUUUAGAUACUUUGGUGACCCAGGCAGUCGAAAGGCACAACGAUGGAAGCUCUGAGCGGUUAUUGACAUUCAUAUUUCAUGCUUUGGAAGUGGUUGUUCAACGAGACAAUCGUCCUGAUGAUCUAACCAGAACUCUGGAUACAACCAAAGCACUAGUUCAAAAGAUUAGAAUGUUACUUUCUUAUGAAAAUAAUCACCAACUUGGAGACUUUGUAGAUAGAGUAAAGGCGAAGCUUUCUGAACCACUUUUGGUUGCGACAAGUGCCCAAGAAGACAGGCAGUCCAUUUUGGACGGAAUAGAUGGAGUUAUUGAUCUCAGCUGCAAGUUAGACUCAAACUUAUUUUUGCUUCUAUUCUCAGUUUCUAGAUUGUCAUCAUUGAAGAAUACUAUUUCGCCCACAAUCAGUAAUCUUAUAUUUUUAAUAGGUCAAUGGUUAACAAGAAUGAAAGUUUCGUGUCUGCACCAAAUUAGGAAGGGCUUGAGCUUGAUUCAACUGUUCCUUCCUCAUAUUGAAGCGUCAGAGUGUUUUGUUCCUGAAAUGAUAACAUACUGCUUUUCCACUUUAAGUUUGUUUGUCAGAGAAGAUUCAGUUAUCAGAGACACUCUUAGUCUUUACAAUUUUUCUCAAUCAGAGUCAUUACAGCGUAUGAUCAGACAGACCAUUGUAAAUGACUCUAAGCAAUUGUGGGUUGAAGAAGAAGGCAAGACAGAUGUCAUCUUUCGUGUAUUCGCAUGCAAUGGUGUUUCAUGUAAAAGUAACGAAUCCGAAGAUUGGAGAGAACUUUCCAAAAUGCUUUGUGAUCUAUUUGUAACUUGUCGUGAUAUAAUAAUUAGACUUUGCAGAAUAUUUAAAUCGUUUGAUGCAUUCCACGGACUCAUUUUGCCUUUCAUGAAAGGGUUGCAUGAGAUAUCGGAAGAUGAGGAAAUAUGGCCUGCUUUAAGAAUAGAUUCUGAGAGCUUUGCUUCAAGUCUGAAAGAAAUGAUUCAUGUAACUGAAGAGAGAGGCCUAAAACCCUUACAGUUGUACUACAAGAAAUCGUCAUCCUUACCAUCAUCGCUUGAAGCAACACGUUAGGAAGGAGAAAAAGAAAACGAUGAAAUGGUUG